CUUCUUAAAUCUUCUGACACUUCAAUUUUUUGUCUAUAGUUUUCUGUGUCUUGAAAGUAAAAGACACAAAAAACACACAAUCAAUGGUUCACUUCAUGAGCUUCCUCAUUGCCUUUUCUCUAAUUGCCGUCAGUGGCAAGGCUUCCAGUGGUUUCCUUUACCCGCAGUUUUAUGAUCACUCAUGUCCCAGAGCUCAAGCGAUAGUGAAGUCCGUUGUGGCCAAGGCUGUUGCAAAAGAAACCCGCAUGGCUGCUUCUUUGCUCAGGCUUCAUUUCCAUGACUGCUUCGUCAAGGGGUGUGAUGCAUCAUUAUUGUUGGAUAGCAGUGGCACCAUAACAAGUGAGAAAAGGUCCAAUCCUAACAGGAAUUCAGCCAGGGGAUUUGAAGUCCUUGAUGGAAUCAAAUCUGCUCUAGAGAAGGAAUGUCCUCAGACAGUAUCCUGUGCUGACAUUUUGGCUCUAGCUGCUAGAGAUUCUACUGUGUUGACUGGUGGACCUAGCUGGGAAGUUCCACUGGGAAGAAGAGACUCCAGAAGUGCAAGCUUGAGUGGCUCUAACAACAACAUUCCUCCUCCAAACAGCACAUUCCAAACACUUCUCACCAAGUUCAAGUUGCAAGGACUUGAUGUAGUCGAUCUUGUAGCCUUAUCUGGGAGUCAUACAAUUGGGGAUUCCCGUUGCACAAGUUUCAGGCAGAGACUGUACAACCAAUCAGGCAACGGGCAACCUGACAACACUCUUGAUCAAUCAUAUGCUGCACAAUUGAGACCCAGAUGCCCAAGGUCUGGUGGUGAUCAGAAUCUGUUCGUGUUGGACUUUGUUAGCCCAACGAAGUUUGAUAACGCCUACUACAAAAACAUAUUAGCUUCAAAGGGUCUGUUGAACUCUGAUCAGGUCCUCUUAACUAAGAAUAAAGCAUCCAUGGAGUUAGUGAGGAAGUAUGCAAAGGACAAUGAGCUUUUCUUUGAGCAAUUUGCCAAGUCCAUGAUAAAGAUGGGUAAUAUAUCUCCAUUAACCGGUUCCAAGGGAGAGAUCAGAAAGCGCUGCAGACAGAUUAACAAAUAAAUAAAUUACCCAUUUUUUCUUUCUAUCCUUUAAAUUGAGAAAAGUGUCAAUCUUUGCAGUACCUAUGAGCAGUGUUGAGUACUGUUGGAAAGUAGAGAAGGUUGAGUUUAAGGGAGGAUGUUACUAUGUAAGGGUGAAAAUGCUAUUUCUGUAAUGUACAUGUGCCUUGAUGGACAUUUGUAGUAUUUCUGUGCUUUUCCGUUCUUUUGUAAAUGACCAAGGGGCAAAGUGUCAUUGUGCCCCUUGACCAUAAAAACCGGUGAAAAUAUUUAGAUUGUGGUUGGGCUAUUCAUUUUCGAAUAAAAACGUUUUUUCUUAUUCUUCCA